UUUCUUUUCUGUAUUGUUUAUAAUUUUUAUGAUAAUCCCAAACAUAUGACUUUUUGUUCUCUCUAAUUUCUUCCAACUCCUUCUUUUAUUUGCAUUUUUUUUAAUUAAUCUUACAUUUUCUCUCUCUCUUAUACUAGGUUUUAUGGAUAAAGAAUCAAUUGAAAUCAUUGUUGAUGAAAUUAGUGAACAAGAAAAGGCUGUUAUGAAGACAAUGGGUUUACCUUCACAUUUUUCAUCAUCUAAAAAAUAUGAUAAAUCAAAGAAAAAACAACAACAACAUGGAAAGGUAAAAAAAAGUCUAUGUAAAUAUUGGCAUCAAAGAUAUCGUUUAUUUUCUCGAUUUGAUCAAGGUAUUAAACUUGAUAAAGAAUCAUGGUAUUCAGUGACUCCAGAAAUGAUUGCUUUACAUAUUGCUUCAAGAUGUGUUAAAGAUGAUAAUUACAGAGUAAUAAUGGAUCCUUUUUGUGGUGUUGGUGGAAAUAUUAUUCAAUUUGCUUCAUUUUCAAAAAAUGUUUUCAUUAUUGCCAGUGAUAUUGAUCCAAAAAAAGUAUCAAUGGCCAAACAUAAUGCUACAAUUUAUGAUGUAUCUCAUCGUAUUGCUUUCAUGGUUGGCGAUUUUUUCAAUAUCAUUAAAACAAUCAAAAUACAUGUUGAUUGUAUCUUCUUAAGUCCUCCAUGGGGUGGACCAGAUUAUUUAAAACAAGAUAACUAUUCGUUAUCAUCUAUGACACCAGAUGGAUUCAACAUUUAUAAUGCUGCUAAAAAAUAUAUUACUCCAAACAUUGCUUUCCUUUUACCAAGAAAUAUUGACAGAGAUGAUUUAAAUUCACUUUUACAACCUGGAGAAUUCAUUGAAAUUGAACAAAAUUUAAUUAAUGAUAAACCCAAAACAGUUACAGCAUAUUUUGGUGAUCUUGCCAAACAAGAUUUGUUGCAAUCCUGAUACUUGAUUCAAAUCAAUGUUUCAUUUUUCGUCGUUCAUCUUUCAUAACAUAAUUGCAUUAUUAUAUCAUUUUAUGAUUGUUACAUUAUCCAUGUCCAUUUUUUAUUACCAAUCAUCUUGUGAUAUUAUUCAUAGAUGUUAUUAAUUAAAUUCACUUCAAAACAGUGAACUUGCUAUCAACUGCUUUUUGGUGUAAACUAAACGAAGUGAAAUCGAACCAUGAGGAAACAGCAGCAAUCAAAAAAGUCGCAAUUUACAAUCAAAUAGGGCAAUUAAGGUGACACAAAAGGGGGUCAACGAUAGUUUAUCAAAUUAAUGAGAGCAAAAAAGUAUCGGUUGACAAAAAUCAUUGAAGCUUGUUAAGUAAUGACAGCAAUAAUAAAAUGAUCUCAAACAAAUUGGUGGAAGAAAGGAGUAAAUGUAAAAAGUAAAUAGUGAAAGAGAAAGUUACAAUCAAAAGUUAACUGUUUACUGUAAACAUUAAUCAGGCUAAAUUGUUGGAGAGAAGGCAAAAAAAUAUGAUUUUUGGUGCUUGGCUGUUAUCAUCAGCACUUUCAUCAUUGUCGUCCUCGUCAAUUGUUAAGGUGAACUAUUAACUCAGUUCAUGGUAAUCAUUUGAGUUAACCUAACUCAAAUUGCGCUAAACAACUCUUAACCAAUUGUAGCUCUGUUUUAUUCCAGUUGGCUCAAUUAUUUACCCUGAGAAUAAAAAUUUAUUUUGAUUUUAAA